ACCGUUCAAAAGACUUUAAGUCAUUAAAUAGUAAGCCAUUAGUUGAUGUGUUGAUCACUAAUGUCUACACAUAUGUUGUGUUUGCAAUGUGUUGUCAAUACUAUGGUUUGGCGCCAACUGUAAGACAACCGGUGUUCAAAAACAACAGACAAAACCAAAGACAAGACAACAUCAGCUGACAAAUGGAUGUCUCGUUUGGUGCAGACAUUGAUGGCGAUGACGACAGCAAACACUCAAUCGAUGAUUGCGAGCUUCACAAUGAUUUUGACAAUCAGAAGCUCUUCACUGUUUAUGAACGUUAUCUCAAUAAUGCCGACGACUCCGAUGUCGAUGAAGAACCAGAGUUAUCAUUCACUGAACACAUUAAUCAAGUGAUGGCCAACAGAGCCAUCAAAACACCACAAAUUAAUCGAUCGAUGCGUCGAAUCACUUGUUUGGCAGACAUUCAAAAGUCUGUUCCGAGAAUGGGUUCAUUGAAUCAAUCACUGAAUGAAUCAACAAAUGAAGAAAUACUUCCUUGGAAUUUGAAAGACAUGAACGAGAAAGAGGUCGUUGAGUUGAUUAAUAAAUUACAAGAAACACUGAUUGCCAACGAAAACUCAUGUCCACAGUUAGUCGCAAAUAAUAUGAAUAGUGUUUUUGAAAAACAAAUUAAUUUUAUUAACAACUGGUCGGAGAUUUCGGAAAAGAAAUUUCAAAAUCGUUUAAAAGACAUUAAUGAGUAUAUAAGUAAUGAUAUUGUUUUUGAUGAACUCAUCGACAAAGAGCUCAAAGAAUUUGUUAAUAAAGUGGAAAUCAUGAAGAAAUUAAAGUCCGAUUUGAAUGUUAUUCAACAGAUUGCCAGUCAAUGA